CCUUUCCCACUUUCCGCCUUCGCCCAGCUCGCCCGCCGCCCACGCACGCGCAGCGCCCAGCCACUUGGAGCCACGAGUUGGAUGUUGCGGCGCGCGUCAUUAAGGCAGGGGAGCAUCUAGAUUCUAGACUACAUCCAUUCCCUCCUCUCCGGCGGCCGCAAUGCCGCUGCCGCUGGCGCAGGUGCAGGAGCUGCGGGACCGCCUCUCCGACCGCUUCCGCCCGUGGAGCCGCUCCGCGCAGUUCUGGGUCCGCGCCGUCGACAUCUACGGCAGCUACAAGGUGUGCCAGCUGCGAACGGGGUUCGUCAAGGAUGAGGAGGAGCGGGAGGCCAUGUGGGAGCAGCAGCACGAGAUCGGCGCCCAGAAGAUGUACUCCCUCUGCUCCGAGCUCGGCGGCCUCUUCCUCAAGGCUGCUCAAAUUCUGGGGAAGCCCGACUUGGCGCCGACGGCCUGGGUGAAGAGGCUUGUUACAUUGUGCGACAAGGCUCCGUCCACGCCGAUCGAAGUUGUCAGAGAUGUUGUGGAGAAACAGUUCUGCAAGAGCUUUGAUGAGAUAUUCGAUUUCUUUGAAGUUGAGCCUGUUGGGUCUGCUUCUAUUGCACAGGUGCAUCGAGCGAGGCUUAAAUCAUCCAAGACAGAUGUUGCUGUCAAGGUACGACUUAGGACUGCAUUGGAUCUGGUUCUCCAGGUUCAACAUCCAGGAGCUGAACAAUUGAUGAUGGUUGAUAUCCGGAACAUGCAAGCAUUUGCCUUGUUCUUACAGAAAUAUGACAUCAACUUUGAUCUGUUCUCCGCCACAAAAGAGAUGGAAAAGCAGAUAUGCUAUGAGUUUGAUUUUGUGCGAGAAGCGAGAGCAAUGGAAAGAAUACGAGAAUUCUUACGUGUCAGCAAUAAGAAACCUCCGGUUAUGGUGCCUCGUGUGAUUCCUGGAAUGAUUAGCAGGGAGGUCUUGGUCAUGGAAUUCAUACAAGGAACCCCAAUAAUGAAUCUCAGCAAUGAAAUGUCUAAAAGAGGAAUUGAUCCUGCUGGUAAGCUUGCAGCAAUGGCAAAGCAGAAGAUUCUAACGGAUCUUACACUUGCUUAUGGCCAAAUGAUCUUGAAGGAUGGCUUUUUCCAUGCAGAUCCACACCCAGGAAACAUCCUUAUCUGCAACAACACAGAGGUAGCUUUGCUUGACUAUGGACAAGUGAAAGAAAUGCCAGAGGAUUUACGACUGGCUUAUGCAAAUCUUGUCAUUGCCAUGGCCGAUGAUGACCUUUUGAGGACUAAAGAGAGUCUGAGUGAAUUUGGUUUCAAAACAUGGAGUAUAGCAGACAAUGAGCUAGAAGAACUGUUUCAGUUAUCUCUUAGAAUGUUUGAUACAAGAUUACCGCCUGGAGUAACCGUGCUCUCGCCCUUUGCUGAUGAUUCUUCACUGAAUAAAGUUGGAGUAGAGAGCUUCCCAGAGGAAUUAUUUUCGGUGCUUCGAACGAUACAACUGUUGCGCGGGCUGACUGUAGGGAUGGGCCUCCGUUUUUCUUGUGCUCAGCAAUGGAAACCAAUUGCCGAGGAAGCUUUGUUAAAGGCUGGGAGAAUAAAAGAUGUAAAAUCAAGAAGACCAACAAGAAGUUUCCUUAGAAGGUUGUUUUAGGGAAGUAGAGAUGACAACAGCCAAAGAACCGAUAUGUAAAUCAUUCUGUAACGAACUGGCAGUAACCAAAAGGCAUUUUUUUUCCUUUUUACGAGGUUGUAGUGCGGGAUUAUUUGAUACUGAUUAUUUGUUUGUCUUUGAUCACAAAUUAUAUAUAAUAUGACAAGAAACAUGUACUUUAAAAAAAGGAAAGGAAUAAGAGAAAAGUGUAUAAUUUAA